CACAAGUUUCCCCCCAAACUGGGUUCCUCCCCGGGAAACCGAAUCCUCCAGCUGUGGCGUCCCAGGCGCCCGCCCCUCGCCCGCCGCGUGUCCCUGCGCCCCGGGCCCCCACCCCCGGCCCCGGCCCCGAAGAUGAAGCUCUGGCUGCUGCUCGGACUUCUGCUGGUGCGCGAAGCGCUGGAGGAUGUUGCUGGCCAACACCCUCCCAAGAACAAGCGUGCAAAAGAACCAGGAGAGAACAGAAUCAAACCCACCACCAAAAAGGUGAAGCCCAAAAUUCCCAAAAUAAAGGACAGGGACUCAGCUGAUUCAACACCAAAGACACCGUCUAUAAUGAUGCAAGUGAUGGAUAAAGGUCGCUUCCAGAAACCUGCUGCUACCCUGAGCCUGUCAGCAGGGCAAACUGUAGAGCUCCGAUGUAAAGGGAAUAAAAUUGGAUGGAGCUAUCCUGACUAUCUUGACACCUUUAAGGACUCUCGUCUCAGUGUCAAACAGCAUGAACGCUACAGCCAAUUGACGCUGGUCAAUUCCACGGCCGCUGACACAGGCGAAUUCAGCUGUUGGGGGCAGCUCUGUGACGGCUACAUCUGCAGGAAGGAUGAGGCCAAAAUGGGCUCUACCUACAUCUUUUUCACAGAGAAAGGAGAGCUGUUUGUGCCAUCUCCCAGCUACUUCGAUGUUGUCUUCUUGAACCCGGACAGACAGGCGGUGGUUCCCUGUCGGGUAACGGUGCUAUCCGCCAAAGUCACCUUGCACAGGGAGUUCCCGGCCAAGGAGAUCCCGGCCAAUGGGACAGAUGUGGCCUAUGACGUAAAGCGCGGCUUCGUGUACCUCCAGCCACGGGCUGCACAGCAGGGCAUCGUCUACUGCAGGGCCGAGGCUGGGGGCAGGGCGCAGGUCUCAGUCAAGUACCAGCUGCUCUACGUGGAAGUUCCCAGUGGUCCUCCGUCAACCACCAUCGUGGCCUCCUCCAACAAGGUGAAGGGCGGGGAUGACAUCAGCGUGGUCUGCACCGUCCUGGGGGAGCCUGACGUCGAGGUGGAGUUCAGGUGGAUCUUUCCAGGGCAGAAGGACGACAGGCCCGUGACGAUCCAAGACUCUUGGAGGCUGAUCCACAGGGGACGUGGUCACACCACAAGAAUCUCGCAGAGCGUCAUCAUGGUGGAGGACUUUGAGACCAUAGACGCAGGGUAUUACAUUUGCACCGCGCAGAAUCCUCAAGGACAGACGACAGUAGCUACCACCAUUGAGUUUUCCUGACGUGGAGAAGGGAAGUAUGAUGAACUUGUGGAAGCCCCAGUUGUAGAAUUAAACGAUGGGCUUUGGGAUCCAUUUUAUUAGUGCUUAGCAGGAGGGCUGCUGUCCAGUACCUGACCCCAACCCCUGCCCUCGUGAGUCAGACCCAGACAUCCGAACUCAAAGGGAGUCAUCGGGUCUGUUAAUACAAGUGUUAACUUUUUAACACAAAGCAUGUAUUUUGGUUGCUUACCUACAUAUGUGUUUCUAGUUUUUAUAAGUAAAUAUGUAAACAACUUUAUAUAAUCAUUUCUAUUAAAUGAGCAAUUUUUGUAAAUAAAAAAUGGGGUAAGUGCUUGUUUAAAAGUAUAGCCAGAGCAGCAAUAUUUGGGUCAAUACCUAGUGUUGACAACACGUUAAAAUUUUAAGAUGUACUAAUAUGUAGUUCAACUACUUAGCCGCAAGCAUCAACUUUAAAGCAAACGUGAGUUAAUUUAUAAUAACUGAAAAACAUCCUACAUACUUGAUUUUUAAAAUGGUAUACUCAGAAAUACUAAUUCUAGAUGAGUCUGUUCAAUAAGGGUGAAAACAUAUUUUUAAAAGUGUAACUGUCAGACUCAGUGCCCGUAGCUCAGUGGUUAGGGCACUGGCCACAUACACCAAGGCUGGUGUGUUCAAACCUGGCCCAGGCCUGCUAAACAAUAAUGACAACAUCAAAAAAUAUCUGGGCGUUGUGGUGGGUUCCUAUAGUCCCAGCUACUUUGGAGAGUCUGAAGCAACACUCUCUUAAGCCCAAGAGUUUGAGAUUGCUGUAAGCUGUGAUGCCAAGGUACUCUACCAAGCGUGCCAUAAUAAGACUCUGUCUCAAAAAAAGAAAGAAAAAAGUGUAACUGUCAAUAUAAAAUAGAUGCACAGAUUAACAUUUGUUUUAGACAUCCCUAUCUUCAUAAAUAUUUACAUCACAGCUAUUCUAAUUCUUAUGUUAUACAGCUCAGAUUGUUAAAACCAGCCAAAAAUUUCUUUUUCUCAAAUACACAUAGCUUCGAACUUGGAAAAGAAAAGCUUAGCGCUAACUCUAGCUGUGAGCUGAAGCUCUGCCCAUGACCGAUUCUGCGGUUGCACUGGAACAUUCCAGGUAAGUCACGUCAAAGGAGACACAAUCUAAAUGACUACAGUCUGAGGACCAGAAGCUUUGCCAAGGCAAGUAGGUCAGAGGUUGCAAUUCUUAUAUUGAAUAUUCCAGCAUUAUUUAUUUGAUCAAAGUAAAAUACACUUUCCGUCACUAAAAACCGACAACUACAGUUUACACAUCUGUGUUUUUAUGACGUGCCAACAUUUUGCAUCCUACAGGAAAUAUUUGGUUUUUUAAAAAAAGGUUGUCUGUUCUAUCCUCUGAAGAACAUCUGAUAUUAAUUGCUGUAAGAUUUAUUUCCCAGACACACUGUCUGGAGGACAGCAGGGAACCGCAUGAGAUUUACCACGUGUAGGGGAUGAAUGGCAAACCCAACUUUGGCUAAGGUCAUUUGAGAAUGAGUUUGGAAGCAUGAGCAGAGAUACUCCAGGAAGUGGCAGUGAACCUAUGGUUCUAUUUAUCGGAAGCGAACGUGGAAAGUUACGUACAUAAUAAGCUACUGGAAGUUAGACUUCA